CUCCUGUAUCAUGCCGCCCUGCCUCCAUCCACAGUGCAGCUCGAGCGCACGGCUCUUCAGAGGGGGUGGGAUCUGUUUCUAAUGCAGAGGGAUGCUCGCUCUGGACCACUCAGACUGGAAAUCCCGUUUUCAUAGACGCACCGCAUGCACGCGUGCACACAGGCGCACGCCAGAGCUGACCGCAGUGAGACGCCCUCGAGCUCCCAGCAUCUGUGCUACAUCUCCCCCCUCUCCUGUUUGUCCUCUCUCCUCUCUGUUCUCCUUCUUUCAUGCUGUGUAGCUCUUCAGCUCUCCAUCUUCCACAACUCACUCUGCACUCCUCGUCGCAUCUAAGCCCAGCUGAACCACAGGAACCGGGAAUAUGUCCUCCAACUUGCCCUCUGGGACAACAGCAGGGACUACUGGGGUAAAAAACAAGCCCCUAUCCCCAUACAAGAAAAGAGGCAGCCUGCAGUACACGGCAAGCACAGCCGUUGAUCUCCGUGGUCCUCGCCGUCUCCUCACUUCCCAGCAUUCCUUGCCUGGGAUCCCUGUCGCCUUGAAACAAUCCAUUGACCUGCGCACAUCCAUGGACGGGAAAUACAAGGAGAUUGCUGAGGAGCUGUUCUCCCGCAGCCUGACAGACAGCGAAAUGAGGAGCGCUCCUUAUGAGUUUCCUGAGGACAGUCCCAUCGAGCAGCUGGAGGAGAAACGUCACCGUCUGGAGCGGCAGAUCAGUCAGGAUAUCAAGUUUGAACCUGACAUUCUCCUGCGAGCUAAACAGGAGUUCAUGAAAACUGACAGUGCCACAGAUCUUGAAUAUAUGAAAGAGCAGAGUCAGGCCUCUGACCAGCUGGAACGAGAUCUGACUCAGGAGGGAGAAUAUCAGAGGGUCACCAUUUCUGGAGAGGAAAAAUGUGGGGUUCCGUUCACAGAUUUGUUGGAUGCGGCCAAAUGUGUGGUGAAAGCUUUGUUCAUCAGACAGAAGUACAUGGGUCUGUCGCUCCAGGCGUUCUGCAGAACCACCGUUCGUUGCCUGCAAGAGCUGAGCGAAAGACCUCUGGACUUCGAUGCCUAUGAGGAAGAGAUUCCCGAGACAACAGUCACUGCAAAUGCUACCGUGCACCCGCCUGUUUCUAAAACGCACCCCUACGACAACAUGAACCCUGCCAGCAUGCCCCCGGAUUUGGGCUACGGCUGCAAGAUGGUGAACGGCGUUAUGCACGUGUACACCAAGAGGAACUUCAUGGAAAAGAGCACAGAAUUGGACCUUCCAUAUCCAGACCUGCAAGAGUACAUUGGUGACAUGAAUGUCAUGAUGGCGCUGAUUAUCAACGGACCUGUAAAGUCCUUCUGUUAUCGUCGCCUGCAAUAUCUCAGCUCUAAGUUCCAGAUGCAUAUUCUUCUGAAUGAAAUGAAAGAGCUGGCAGCCCAAAAGAAAGUGCCACACCGAGAUUUUUACAAUAUUCGUAAGGUUGACACUCAUAUUCAUGCUUCAUCAUGCAUGAAUCAGAAGCAUCUUCUACGUUUUAUCAAAAGAGCCAUGAAGAAGUAUCCCAAAGAUAUUGUGCACAUGGAGAAGGGCAAAGGGCAGACUCUCAUGGAGGUGUUUGAGAGCAUGAACCUGACGGCCUUCGACCUGAGCGUUGACACACUGGACAUGCAUGCAGACCGUAACACUUUUCAUAGAUUUGACAAGUUCAAUUCCAAGUACAACCCCAUCGGCGAGUCCAUCCUGAGAGAGAUCUUCAUUAAAACUGACAACUGCAUCGAAGGGAAAUAUUUUGGUCACAUCGUAAAGGAAGUGAUGGCUGACCUGGAGGAGAGUAAGUACCAGAAUGUAGAGCUCAGGUUGUCCAUCUACGGGCGCUCUGGAGACGAGUGGGACAAACUGGCCGAGUGGGCCGUCAAACAUGGAGUUUACUCAGACAACGUGCGCUGGCUUGUGCAAGUGCCAAGACUUUUUGAUGUCUACCACACGAAGAAACAACUGUCCAACUUCCAGGAGAUGCUGGAAAAUAUCUUCAAGCCCCUGUUUGAAGUCACAGUCAACCCCAGCAGCCACCCAGAGCUCCACCUCUUCCUUCAACACGUUGUUGGUCUGGACAGCGUGGAUGAUGAAUCAAAGCCAGAGCAGCAUAUCUUCAACCUGGACAGUCCACUACCUGCCAACUGGACAGAGGAAGACAACCCACCCUAUUCCUACUACCUCUACUACAUGUAUGCAAACAUGACUGUGCUGAAUCACCUACGCAGGCAGCGGGGCUUUCACACGCUUGCCCUCCGUCCUCACUGUGGGGAAGCGGGGCCCAUCCAUCACCUGGUGUCUGGUUUCAUGCUGUCAGAGAACAUCUCCCAUGGGCUGCUGCUCAGGAAGGCUCCUGUGUUGCAGUAUCUGUAUUACUUGGCUCAGAUUGGCAUCGCCAUGUCUCCUCUCAGCAAUAACAGCCUGUUUCUCAGCUACCAUCGCAAUCCCCUCCCAGAGUACCUGUCCAGGGGGCUGAUAGUCUCUCUGUCUACAGAUGAUCCUCUGCAGUUCCACUUUACCAAGGAGCCGUUGAUGGAAGAGUACAGCAUUGCUGCCCAGGUGUGGAAGCUGAGCUCCUGUGACAUGUGUGAGCUGGCCAGAAACAGCGUGUUGAUGAGUGGAUUCUCUCACAAGCAGGCAAAAAGCUACUGGCUUGGCCCAAAUUACUUCAAGGAAGGCCAGGAGAGCAAUGACAUCAGACGCACCAAUGUUCCCGACAUCCGUGUGGCGUACCGCUACGAGACUUUGUGUGAGGAGUUGAAUUUAAUCACGCAGGCCAUUCGCACCGAUGAACUGGAAACCAUUGAGGAGGAGGGUACUCUGUGCAUGGGGGCAGUGCAUGCAGAGAAGUGAACGUGCAGCAGAAAGACAAACACAUUUCCUGAUGUUGACUUUUUUUUAAUUUAAAUGCAGGUGUUCGUUCAUGAGUGAAGAUUCAACUGAACCCAAUUAAUUCAAAAUGUCAAAUGAUAUAUUUUUUAAAGUCAACUAUAUUGGAAAUAUAUUUAUUUCUAUAUUUGUAUCAAAUUUAAAUUUGAUAUCAUUUUAAAAAUCAUUCAGAAUUAUAGUAUAGUUAAUUACAAACAAUUUAUUUUAGACCACUUCAAUGUACUUAUGAUGACUAGACUUAUGAAACUUAUGGGGGGCAGCUUUCCUCAGAAUGGGAGGUUUUUUUUUUUCAUUCAACCUUUAUUUAUCCAAGCAACGCAGAUUAAGAAUUAUAUUGUUUUCAUUCUCAACUGUGGCUUUGUAGAAACGACAAGCCACUCAGUAAACUACAAACAAGCAAUCGCACACAAAAAAAAGAGAGGAGAGGAAGAAAGCGUUGCCAUUGCAUCAUGGGAGAGACCUCGUUGUCUGAGCCAACAAAAUUGCAACUGAAAACCACUUAAUACAACUUCUGAUCGUUUUUUUUUCCGUUCACGACACAUUAAAUAAUUGUUGUCAUGUUGCCAGAUAUAACAGCUUGCACAUAAACACAAAAAUACGACACACAACCUGAGGAAGUACUUUAAAGCAGUGGCGACGCUAGAACAUUUUAUUUAGGGGGGCAGAAAACUUAGGAAAGGUGGGAAAGGAGAAAGGCAGAAGGCCGUUACAAAUGAAAGGAUAAAAAAUCUUUCAAACUUUUUUUAUUUAUUUAAUGCCUUUUCCAGCAUUUGCAGUGCUCAAAGAAGCUUGUAUUGAUGUUUUCUUCAUCUUUGUCAGUAUUUAUACUAAAUAUUGACUCAAAAAUUGGGGACAAGUAGGAGGCUAAAGCUCUUUGCUAGGGAGGCAGCUGACCCUCUUGGCCCCCUCGUAGCUCCGCCUCAAUUGAUUUUAAGUCGACAAAGCACAGCGUGGAUUGUUCCUCAAAAAAAGACUGAAGCACCACUUUGAAGCACCUUAUUCUCAUUCCCAUUCUCCAAAAGGCUUAGAUGUUGACAAUUUACUCUAAACUUUAAAUGCAUGUUUGUUUUUUUGUUUCUUUGAAAAAGUGCAUUUUAACUCUAAACCUACAUUACCUACAUUAAAAAGAACUGUUCUAAAGGUGAAGUGCUUGUUUGAUUGAGAUAUGCGUCUUAGGCAAAAGUAAAUCCAACAUUUCUCACAGAAUAUUGGAAAAUUGUAGGAGCCUAACAGUGUAUUUCUGAGGAACUGUGGCUACAAAGCUUUAGUUUGAAUUGAAAUGACCCCAAAAAAAUGAUAUGAAUGCUCUUUCAAGGCUCUUUAUGUCCUUAAAACAUUUUUGCAGUUGGUCCGACUGCUGUUCAUGAAUAUCUGAAAGUCACAUUCAUAUAAAUUCAUGCUGAGAUGCUCAAAAAUAAAGCCGUUAAAGCUUUGACAAAAUGAAAAACGCUGAACCCUGAGGAUCAGCAAGACUUUUUUUGGAUUUUGAGUAGAGACCUAUGGUUUAUAUAAAAAUACCAGAAUCUACCUGACAUACUGAAAAGUAUGUCUUGGAAAAAAAGGCAAACGUGCCUCCCAGCAACAGGCCAGUGCCUCUUCAAUGCAGUGUCUCAAAUGCUGCACGGAGAUAUUGUAGGAAAUUUAAUAGAAUUUCAUUGUCUGAGACCAAAAGUAUAUUACUGUCAGAUGUUCCUGUGCUUAAGUCCAAACAAAAACAAUAUAAGGUGCAACUGAGAAAAGCUAGAAAUGUGUCUUUGGGUGUUUGCCUCCUCUAAUGUGCUCAUGUUUUACAUGAUCAGGAUGAUUUGUUUGUUUCACGCCUGCUGGAACAUAUCUUUUACAACGUUUUUUUUUUUUUUUAUAAGCGUUGGAUUUAUUAUUUUGCACCUAAUUUUGAGUUAAACUGUUGUUUGUUGUAUGAGGAAGGGCUGGACUCAAAUGCAAACUGCGAUUUUAAAAACUCAUCCUAGACAAUGCUUAAAAAUGGCAUCAUCCUUCUUUAUCUCGGUAAAUUAGCCUAAAAUGAUGCCAUUGACUUAGUAUUUAGCUUACAUAAAAUACUCCCAAAAAUGAAUGAAUCAGAUAUUUAAAGUAAAAUUUGCUAAGAUGUUUUCAAAACAUAAAAGUUUUAGUUUUAUAAAAAUGUAGGUGUUUUCUCAGAUGCUUCGACAGCCAUGUGGAGACAGCCAGGACAUAAAACACUUUCUCAUCCAUGCAGCUACAGCUGUUUUCCUUUCUCAAUUCUUUGCUUAGAAAGGGUUUUGCAUUGUGUUGCAGAUACGUAGUUUUUCACGAAACCUUCACAUAAGAAUGAGCAUCAACACAUGCAGAUAUCUUGGUAACUUGGUACCUCUACACUGGGUAAAUGCAGAUAAAAUACAGUUCAAACACCUUCACUUCUUUUCAAAGUUUCAAUCAUCCCAACAUAUACUGUAGUUUUAUGUGAAUGUGUUCCAGAUAUUUAAAUUUUGGACAUAUUCAUGACAAAUUCUCCUUUCAUAUAUCACCAUUUUUAAGCUUAAAAUUCAAAAUUAAUAUGAAGUGAAUGGGUGAGUAAUGAUGAACAGUUUCUCUCAGUAUAUCUCAACAUUGAUGUUUAAAGUCAGCGAUUUCAGAUGAUUGUGACAUUGUAAACUUAUCUUUGAGAAAGAAUUUGAGUGGAUUUGACAGUUUGGAGCCGACACUGAUGGUCUAUACUGACAUUGAGUAGGGCUGUUUUUCUCUGGCUACAGAUGACUCGCCCAUCUUUUAUUCAACAAGAUGUGGAUGAUGGGCAAGGGCAAGCGAGAUCCAUAUUCCUUUGUGCACAAAGUAGUUGAAAACACAAGAAUUUAUAUUUGUUUACACAAUUCUAAAGCCACGAGAAGACCAUUCCAAGCUUAGAUCAUUUAAAAGUAAUUCCCAGUAACUUUACAACUUAACUGUUUAACUUUAUUAGACCUGUGACGACAAAGGGAAGACCAAUGACACACUUUUAUUCCUUAGUUUCCAAAGAUUUUUUUGAAAAGCCAACCUUUUAGAAGUACAACUUUAUUUUUUAAAAGUUUAAGGUUUUUAUUGUCACUCAUAAUGAUGGAAAAAGUGGAGGAAAUGCUGCUAGCAUCCUGGCUGCAUCUCUUGUUUUUUUUUCCUGUAAAUUAAAAUUUUUACAAAAAGCAGCGCUGUUUCACCACAUGAAUAGUUGAACAUUUGAUCACAAAAAAGUAAAGAGGGCUUACAUUAAAACUAAAACUCAUAUUUUGUGAGAUGUCUUGAUAUUCUCCUCAGUGCCUCAUGUUAUACUUUAGCAAAAGAUCUUGAUCCUCUGUACUUCUGUGUUUUUUGCAGUCAUUUCACAAACUCUAAGGCUGCAUGAUGGCAUGUCAAUGUCUGUUUUUGUGCAAAUAAUUCCUAUUUCAGGACAGUCUUCUUGCUGGAAUUCUGAACUUUAACUCUUUUCCAUUUGUUUUUCACAAAUUGUUAUUAAUAAUGCAUUUGGUUCUGAGUAGGUGCACAAAAAAAUGAAUCUGUUCUUCAUUUUUCAUAAUUGAAGCUGUUCUAAAACCUCAGAAAUCCUCCCAAAAAUGUGCUUGUGCUGUUUGUGAAAUACAGUGUAUUUGUGUCUGGCAAAAAACAAUAAAUCAAUUUAUUGUUUGAG